AUGGCUUCUGAACUCGUUCGGGCUCUCUGGGUGCUAAAGCCCCGCUUCGUCACCCACAUCGACGAAGAUGCCAUUGAAGCAAUCCGCAACUUCUACGACGUGCAGUUUGCCCAGGCUCCUCAGGGCGAGUAUAGCGUGCUGGACAUCUGCAGCUCGUGGAUCAGCCACUACCCCGAGAAGCUGAAGGCCAAGCGCGUGGCCAUCACUGGGAUGGUGGAGCAGGAGCUUGCGGCCAACAAGCAGGCAACCGAGUUCGCUGUUGCGGACCUGAAUAAGAUGCCCAAGCUACCUUAUGGCGACUCUGAGUUUGACUUCGUGACGAACGUGGUGAGCGUGGACUAUCUCAUCAAGCCUCGAGAUGUCUUUGCGGAGAUGCAUCGGGUUCUGAAGCCAGGAGGCGUGGCCAUCAUGUCCUUCAGCAACCGGUGCUUCUUCACCAAGGCCAUCAACAUGUGGGUGCAGAACAUGAGCCGCAGCCCCGCAGACGAAGGGGUGGGUGGGGCCUGA